ACUCUGAAUCAAAAAAAAAAAAAAAAAAAAAAAAAAAAAGUGUAUACAUAGGGAGCACUCUGAGAUGAGUAACUCAAAGGGGUGGUUAGAAUUUGGGAUCUACCUAACAGCAGGGGAAAAGGAGGAGGAAUAAAGGACAUAUGGAAAACCAAAUGACUUUUGAAAAGAUAAAUGGUCCCUUAGAAUAGAUGGAAGAUUCGAGUCUUGUGACAAUGUCUAUUUGGGUGUGAUGACUACUUCUCAUCUCUGAGAUUAGAUUUGCUUCUAGUCCUGAAGAAGGUUUAUGACAACUGAGUUAAAAAUUUGAGAUUUGCGAGGGGGAUCUGCUAUUAAAUAGGUAAGGGAUUUUAACUGCUUAUUUCAGCUGAAAAUAAUUCUUAAGUCGAAACUGGCACAUCUGGAGGUAGCAUGUCCUGAUCCCCUUAAAAAGGGAACUGAAUAGACCCCGUAUCUCUGAUUCUGCCCAGGGUCCUGUGCCCGCUGACACCAGAAAUCACCACUCACUCCUCUCAGCCUUGUUUUGUGGUUGUUUUAUCCUGCUGCAAUUUGGUUAUGUCUUUUCUAACAGUGUUUAAAAGCAAUCAGAUGCAGGAACUUUUCCUUUUAUUAACUAUUAUUGAGUUUAUAUUGGACACUGAACUAAGUGUCAGUUUACAAAAAUGAAUAAACAAAAAUCACUGCCAGUAAGGAACACACAGCCAAGAUGGGGGAGUACUAAGAUGUAAAGAGAUGUAAAAUAAUGUGAUAGAUUCGGUGAGAGUUACUAAAGAGUCAGAAAAGGGCAAGCAUGUUUCUUCUCUGUCCUGAAGCAGCCAAGGGAGAGGAAGAUAUCUGAUGCCAAUGCUGGGGUGUUGGUUUAGGCAUGUAGAUGCUGUGAUGCCUAGUGGAACCGUUCAGUGAGCAGACAGGAGAACCAGCUUUAUGCGGGGAGGGAGAGAACUGCUCCCCUCAUGCCCCGUGAGUCACACCCUGGAGAUUAUAAAUGUCAACAUUUUGAUUUCGGGAGAUUUUGAGUUUUGAGCUUAAAAUGACUGAAGAACCACGAGGUGGAUCUACGUGUUUCGAGUCUAGAAGUCUGAAUACAGAUUUACGAUUUAUGAGCACAUAGGAGGUGGAUCCAAGGGAGAGAUUAAACAGGGCACAGAAGAGUUUUUAAAAAUAAUAUUUUUCGGGGGAAAAAACCCCAACCAAACGCGAUUCUUUCAGCAGAAACCAGAACAUUUUCUCACAGACUCUCCUACAGAGAGCCCUGAUAAAGUAAUAAACAUGCUAACAGUAAGAACCCCAACCAAUUUCAUAGAGCAGUUUGUGGUAAUUACUCUCAGUAUGGAGCAGAUAGUCCUCUUGCAAAACCCGAUUUAGCAAACUUUGCUAGCUCCAUGUGGGGCCUCCAGAGGACACAGUUGGGCACUAAAUCCUGGCUGAAAACAAAGGCCGGUUUAGAGGAUCCGUAGAAACGGAUGCACAGAAUAUCCCUCAGUUUUCUGUGUGUAGCAGGCCCUCCACAUACGCGGGUUCUCCAAGAUCGAAAUAUCAAACAAAUGAAUUAAAAAAAAAAAAAAUACAACAAAAGCUAGUAAAAAUAAAAACAGUAUAACAAUUACUUACAUAGCAUUUACAUUGGAUUAGGUGUUACAAAGUAAUUUAGAGACCAUUUAAAGUACACGGGAGGAUGUGCAUAGUUAUGUGCAAAUACUACGCCAUUUUCUAUGAGAGACUUGAGCAACCAGGAUUUUGGUAUCGGCGGGAGGCCUGGACCAAUCCCCCUCAGUUCUACCGAGGGAGAACUGUUUUGUUUCUUCCAGCACUGCUUUGAGCGACAGUGUGUUGGGAUUCGCUGACCUCGCAGCAUGCUGAGAUCAAUUUUCCCAGGGCCAGAAUUCUCCUGCGUGAGCUAAAAUAGAGUGGCUCGGUCCAACCAAACAGAGCCUAGAGUCAGGAAUUAUGGCGAACCUGCUCCCUCCCGUCCUCCCUUGGCGCACAGAUCCCUGGCGCCGCGGCUCUUGAGGUCGCCUCUCGCAUGUUGGCCUCAUCGUCGGAACGGCGCUUCCUGAGGCUUCCUAUAAGCACGGCUCUGAAUCCGCUCGUCGGGAUUAAAUCCUGCGCUGGCGCGCUCCUGCCCGCCUCUGGCCUCCAUUUGCUCUACCUGAGGCUCCCUCCAGAAGAACUUUCCCUUAGCCUCAGUGCAGUGCCUUUCGGGCGUCCUCAGACCAGACACAGGCCAAAGCCACUGCAGAAUCCGGAAGCCCCGGGUUGGGAUCUGAAUUCUCCCGGGGACUAUGGCGUAGGGGGGCGCGGGGGGGAAGAGGGUGGGAGGGACCUGAGCAGAGUGGAGGAGGAGGGAGAGGAGAACAGAAAAGAAAUGACGAAAUGUCGAGAGGGCGGGGACAAUUGAGAAAGCUUCCCGCCGGCGCGCUUUCGGUUUUCAAUCUGGUCCGAUACUCUUGUAUAUCAGGGGAAGACCGUGCCUGCCCUGACAGAAGCUGUCUUUCGGGCUGUAGCAGUCAUGUCUGGCAGGGGAAAGGGUGGAAAAGGCUUAGGCAAAGGGGGCGCUAAGCGCCACCGCAAGGUCCUGAGAGACAACAUUCAGGGCAUCACCAAGCCUGCCAUUCGGCGUCUAGCUCGGCGUGGCGGCGUUAAGCGGAUCUCUGGCCUCAUUUACGAGGAGACCCGCGGUGUGCUGAAGGUGUUCCUGGAGAACGUGAUUCGGGACGCAGUCACCUACACCGAGCACGCCAAGCGCAAGACCGUCACGGCCAUGGAUGUGGUGUACGCGCUCAAGCGCCAGGGGCGCACACUGUACGGCUUCGGAGGCUAGGCCGCCGCUCCAGCUUUGCACGUUUCGAUCCCAAAGGCCCUUUUUAGGGCCGACCACUCGCUCAUCUGAGGAGCUGGACACUUGACUGCAUACAGUGCAACAGUAACGAUGUUGGAAGGUAACUUUGGCAGUGGGGCGACAGCCGGAUCUGAAGUUAACGGAAAGCUACUGUGGCCCAUGGCGCUCACAGCCGUAAAGACUUAAGUCGUUGGCCGAAAGCAGCUUUUUCACUUACUUGGCCUUUUCUUUUUUUUUUUUUUUUUUGCCUUUAUCUAUAUGAAAGGUUGAAUGUGCUCUAGGUUUGAGCACUACUUUCUCGGCUUGCUCUUCUGGAGCAGUAUAUAGGCACACCUAGAGGGGCACGUCUUUGCGAUCACCAGAUCUGGUUCUGAGAAAUAGGCACUGGCAAUUUACCCGUGCCUUGCUAUGUAAUCUCCCCAUAUUUGCUCAGGCAAAGUGGGAGAAGCAGCCUUAGAUUAUCAUUCUAGUGAUGCCGGCUUUCCCACCCGAUCGGCUUAGAUUUCGCGAUUGACUGUUCUGAGCUUCAUUUUACCCUCUACAUAACAAGCGAGUGGACUAGAUCCCUUAGUAAGGGUCCAUGUUAUAUGGUGUCUUCAGCCACGCACUCAGCUCAGUCUUAGUACAGUUAAAACAAUGAGUUUCUACCAAGCUAUCUGCCCAGUGCCUGAAAAGUAUCAUUUCUUGUGUUCAGUAAAAAGGCUCCUAAUUUAAUCAAGGACCUAUGAGAUAACUGUCUUUCAGUUGUGGCAUUGCAAGGAUACAAAUGCAGAGACAUUUUAAUGUGAUCCUUCUAUAAGAGUGAACCAACGAUAUGAUCUGAAAGCAUCUUCACAACUAAUUCAGGCUUAUGAUUUUACUGUGUACGUAUUUGGAAGAAGAAAUUCUGUCAGCUCCCAAAGGAUAAACCAGCAGUUGCUUUAUUGGUUUUCAGAUGUGGCUGCUCUCAUCAACAUCAAACACUUGAGACUGAACUAAGCUUAAUACACGGUACUUAGCAAUCAGGUCGCCGGCAAAGCACUGGUGCGAGACUUGCCUUCCAGGAGCUUACCAAUGGGGCUGCCAGCAAAGCGGCGGAUGCAAGACUUGCCCUCCAGGAGCUUACCAUCAGAACGGAGAAGACAAAUAAAUGCAUAAUAUAUAGAUGACAUAAAUCCAUACCUGUACACAUUUAAGAAUAAACAGUCCAAUAGUAAGAGGCAGUACAUAUUCAAUAUGCUGAGAAAUGUAGACAAUAACUACUAUAGGAAUCCUAAUGCUACAGAAGUCACUGGCUGCUGGGAAACCAAGGAAAACUUGGCUAUGGACGUUGGGGCUUGUGUCGGACUCUGAAUAAAGGGCAGAAUGAUUGGCAUC